UGACAACCGUGUAAACAUCCGGUUAAUUUAAAAAGGUUGGAACGGAGAGUAAGUAAGUAAAAAUAAACUAUGCCGGAGCUCCUAAACCAAAAAUACAGAGACCAGUUGGUCACGUGGAUCGGUAAGGCCUGUCACUUCCGGUUGUUGUACAAGAUCAGCAGGGACGGAUGUUCACCUACAUCAUUUCAUCAACAGUGUGACGAUAAGGGGGCCACGGUAACAGUCCUGUAUAACACAAACAACACGAUAUUCGGCGGCUACCUGUCACAGAGCUGGGACUCUGAUAGUGGAUACAUUGAUGAUUCGGAAGCCUUCCUGUUCCGGUUGCAACAUAAUAGAUCAUUCGACCCAUUGAAAUUUCCAGUAAAAGACAAAAGCAAAGCUGGAUAUGGAAGCUCUUUAUGCGGACCAAUCUUUGGCGAUGGGUAUGAUAUUCAUACUUUUACCGGAACAGUAACCAGAUCAGGGAAUGAGUUUCCUCUUAAUGGAUCCGUCAGCAGCAUUGGAAAGAGUUACAAUCUGAACGGUCAGACAGUAGCCACUAUUACAAACAGUAGUCUGAAGGUCACCGACCUGGAGGUUUACAGAAUUGUAGAAGGUGAAGAAGAAGAAAGGCCUUGGAGAGAACACCCAGCAUGGACAACCGAGACAAUGCAAGAACUUAAAGACACGUUGCAAGUCUACGAACCCAGGAUGGAAACAAACGUGACUGCAGCAAACAUCCUUCUGAUUGGUCAGAUCGGCGCGGGAAAAUCGAGCUUCUUUAAUUCUGUUGAUUCAAUAUUUCGCGGCAGAGUCAUGAAUAAAGCAUGUAGUGGGAAUUCAGAGCGCAGCAUCACAACAAUGUACCGACGUUAUGAACUGAAAGAUAGCUCCACGAAGAAAUUUCUAAAUUUCCGCUUGUGUGACACUUGUGGAUUCCAGGAAGGAUUUGCUUUUGAUGCACAAGAGUUUUCCUUUAUCGUUUGUGGAAACCUUCCAGAUUGUUACCGGUUUAAUCCCUUGGUACCUUUUGAAUCGGAUUCCGCUGGGUAUCUCAAAAAGCCGGAAUUAAAAGACAAAAUUCACUGUGUGGCAUUUGUUAUAGAUAGCAGCACCGUUGAUGUAAUGCCGGACAAAGUACUUAAACACAUGAAAGAUCUACAAGACAGGAUGACCCAUAGAGGUUUACCACAUGUUGUGUUGUUAACAAAGAUUGACAAGCUAAGCCCAGAAGUAGAUGACGAUGUAACCAAUACUUAUACACAUACAACUGUCUGUGAAGCCGUGAAUAAAGCAGCAAAAAUCAUGGGACUGCCAUCUGCUCACAUUUUUCCGAUCAAAAAUUACGUAAGCGAACCAAACCUAACAACAGCUUUAGACAUUUUGAUAAUGAAGGCCUUGAAACGAUGCCUUGAGUUUGCCGAUGAUUUUAUGGAUGAACAACUACUCAGAAAAGCAGCAGAAGAAAAAAUGAAUUGCACAGAAGUUGAAAAUGAUCAGAAUCACAUAGAGAAAAAAAUUGAAAAUAUGAUAAAUUAGGUCUGAAACUUUGGAAGUUAAAUCAGUUGAAUUAUUUAUUGUGACAUUGUUGGUUUUGCAAUGCACACUGUUUCUAAAACAUAAAAAAAGUUUCCUACCUAAGUAACUGAAUAAAAAAAAAUGCUCACACUGGACUUUGUGUUAGGGAUAUGUCUGUAUCAAAAAUAAAGCAGUGAAACAUAUGAAAAACACCAGAGAGGAUAGUGGUUUUAAAACAUAAUAAAUUACCAAACCUAAAACGAAAUCAUCGCUUUAAAAGAUAUACUAAAUAAAAAUAAUAAAUUCAAAACAUGUCUUUGUUACACUGCAACCCACGUUUAUUUUCCCCUCGCCCCCCCCCCCCUUCCCCCGCCCACCAAUAAACAAACCCCCUCUAAUGUUAAGAAUUAUUAUUUUUAAUUUUUAUUUUUAAUUUUUAUGCGACUUAUAAACUGUUACAGCCCAAAUACGAAUGAUAAUCAUAUAUUAUGAAUAAUUUCAUGUUUUACCAUCACACAAUUCUCUAAAAUGUCCUUAUUUGCCAAUAUAACAACUCAGAAAGCGUUCGCUUUUUUCCAUUUUUUUAAUGUCAUCAAAAGUUCCGAGUUGUUUAAUGAAAAUAUGUAUAUUUAGUACAGUCAGAGCAUUUCUUCAGAAGACUUUAUUAUGUCUAUUAAAAUUUUAAAUGCUUUGUCUGUUCAAAAAUCUAGCGAGCAUGAUGACAAAGCUCAAGAGGAAUGGACUUGAGUAGAUCCAGGUUGAUCAGAUAUAGUUGGUUUCCUGUCACAGUUUGUAUAUAUGAUGCACGAAUGUAAAAAAAAACCCAACAACUUUGUUUUGGUUUUUCAGUAGAAAAGGUCAUGGGAACGUUAAGAUCUAUUAAUUAACAUUCGACGUUUUAUGAUUUUUUGUUUUACUUCGUUUUCUGUUCCUCUCUAUAUUCAAAAAUAAUAUCAUUAAUAUAUCGGUUAUAGCCUAAAGAUAGACUGUUUCUUGGUUAUCAAAUAAAAAAAAUUACUUUUGUGUAAAUGAUGUCUAAACAUUUUUUCUUUUAAUAUUAUAAAACACCAAUAAAUGAUUAUUUCAAUAGAAGUUGGGAUAAGAAAAAAUCACCUGACCUUAAUAUCUGCAACAUCAUUUAAAAUCAUUUUGUAUACAUUUGUUGUCUUUUAUGUUCUGUCUGUCUUUUUCUUUGAUUUAUAUGAGUAGCAAUGAAUUGCUGUA